AGAAAGAGUAUAUGGGAAAGUGAGGGAAAGAGUGCAAAAGGAAGAUUGGGGGCUCUGACGAGGGAGAGAGAAAGAGAGAGGGGGGUUUAAAACGUCAGCGCGUGUAGGAGCCCUGCUGCCAGUCUGCAUGUACUGAUAUGUGCGACCCUCGAGGAGUUUGCGCUCCAGUCAGGCUCGCGCACUGGGAUCCUAACUGUCGCCAGCACAUAAAAGCGCGGAUAACGGUGAUGAUUCCCCUCACACAGCAACACGAAUCGGAGCUAAGUGUACGCAGAUGGCAGCGAAGAAGUAUCCUGUCAGUUUCCAGACACCUUUGGAUGUGACGCUCUCCAAGUAGCAGAGUUUACCGUGACAGAUAUCGCAGGUGGGAUUCCACUCUGAGGAGAGCUCGUGCUUGACUUUAUGUUGGACAUGGGACCGGGUCUCGACUGUUUUGGAUACGGUACCAGAGGAACCGCGUCUUCUUGAACGGAGAGCUGUCGACAGACAGGACAUCGACGAGAUGCGCUCCGACCACGGCUUGAUCCUGCUGCUCCUCAACGGGACAGCUUGCUUGUUGGCUCUAGGACAGGAAGAUACCCACUCGUUAUCUUCUUCAUUCUCCACGUCUACGUCUAAGUCCUCCUCCUCAGCAGACUCCUCCAAAACUCUGGGGGUUCUGGGAACUCAGGGCUCGAUUUCACCCCUGAAUCGCUGGGUGAUGCAUAGCCGCAGCCGUGCCGCCAACACUUCCACAAUGGAGCUGCCCUAUCGAUCGCCGGAGCCCUUUUCCAAACAGGAAUUUUGGGAAAUGCUAGGCAGCGAUCUCCUGAAAUCUGACACGGAUGCAUCAGGGAACUCGCGUGUCAAGCGGCACCCACCAAUCGUCAAAACUGGCAAAUUUAAGAAAAUGUUUGGCUGGGGUGACUUCUACUCCAACAUCAAAACGGUGCGCCUCAACCUCCUUAUCACUGGUAAGAUAGUGGAUCACGGGAAUGGCACCUUCAGUGUCUACUUCCGUCACAAUUCCACCGGUCAGGGGAACAUCUCAGUGAGCCUGGUACCUCCAGUGAAGGCAGUGGAGUUUGACUUGGAGCGCCAGAGCGUGGUCUAUCCUAAAGACUCAAAGAUCUUCAACUGCCGCGUUGACUACGAGAAGGUGGACCGUAGCAAACGCACCUCACUCUGCAACUAUGACCCCUCCAAGACCUGCUUCCAGGAGCAGACACAAAGCCACGUGUCCUGGAUCUGCUCCAAACCCUUUAAGGUCAUUUGUAUCUACAUUUCCUUCUACAGCACAGACUACCGUCUGGUGCAGAAGGUCUGUCCAGACUAUAAUUACCACAAUGAGUUGCCCUACCUGCCCUCAGGCUAGAGCUUUGUGGAGCAAUGGACUGGGGCAAGGAGGAUUGGUUGGGGGGGGGGGGGGAUUGCUAUACAAAGGAACAGUUAUUUGAUGGAUGUGAAGAUGAAUGCGCAAUGCUGAUUUGGGAGGUUUUUUUAAAGGAUGAAGAAGUCCUUAACUAAAGACUCUUCAGAAACUUAUAAUUGAGCUGAUAUGGAACACCCCCCUCAUGACCUGAACAUGAAAGGUGGUUCUCUAAAAGGUAUAAUUGGUAGCACUUUGAAUGCUACUUACCCACAAAGCUGGCUCCAAAUCUGUUAAUACCCACACACAACGCAGUCCCCUACAGGAACACAUACCAUUAUAUCCUGGGAAAAUGUCUCCAAAACAACUAAGAAUCUCCCUCUGACUGCAGAAGAGGGAUAAGGAGACUACACUGUCAUGCACUGCUGGGCGUUGCCAAGGCAAGGAUAAAAGUUGAA